AUGACGGUUCUCAGUCAUCUAAAACGAGUCCAUCGACACAAUGUCGCAACCCUGCGCGGCUCUCCCGCCGCAGAGGUUUCCGGCGCCCUCGGUGACUUGGGGACUCUUCUUCCUUUAAUGAUCGCCCUCGCUGUCCAGCAUUCCAUUUAUCUCGAUAGCACCCUACUUUUCUCGGGCAUCUUCAACGUUGUGACCGGCGCCGUCUUUGGCAUCCCGCUGCCAGUCCAGCCGAUGAAGGCAAUCGCCGCGGCAGCCAUCUCACGGUCUGAAUAUGGCGGCAUCAGAACCGUCAUGGCCGCGGGCCAGUGGGUCAGUCUGGCCGUCCUACUCAUGAGUCUCACCGGCCUGCUGCGCUGGGUCACGCGAAACGUACCGGUCCCCGUCGUCAAGGGCAUCCAGCUCGGCGCCGGUCUCUCGCUCGUCAUGGCCGCCGGCUCCGGCCUCCUCAGGGACCUCCACUGGACCCAUCCCGUCCUCGACAACAGGCUAUGGGCUCUGGCCGCCUUCCUGGUACUCAUCUUCACCCAGGGCCUGCCGCGCUUCCCCUAUGCGCUGCACAUCUUUCUCCUGUCGCUCGUCUUCGCCUUCAUCUCCAUCAUGACUGCGCACGACAACCCGCACACCUACCUGCCGGAGCCCAGCCUCUGGAACCCCCACUUUGUGCACUGGGAGUUCAACUGGUUCAAGUACAAGCCGCUGUCGAUGGCCAUCGGCCAGCUCCCGCUCACGACCUUGAACUCGGUCAUCGCGGUGAGCGCGCUCGCGGCGGAUCUGCUGCCGGACAUGCCCACGCCGUCCGUCACCGCCAUGGGCAUCAGCGUCGGCGUGAUGAACCUGGUCGGCACCUGGUGGGGCGCCAUGCCCGUGUGCCACGGCGCGGGUGGGCUCGCGGCGCAGUACCGCUUCGGAGCGCGCAGCGGCGCGAGCGUCAUCAUCCUGGGCCUGUUCAAGAUCGUCCUCGGCGUCGUAUUUGGGAACUCCCUCAUCGGUUUGCUUACGCACUACCCAAAGAGCCUGCUGGGCGUCAUGGUCAUCGCCGCCGGUCUCGAGCUCGCCAAGGUAGGGCACAGCCUGAACCACGGGGCUUCUGACCUGUGGGAGAGCUCUGCUGGCAACGAGGGCGGCGCCGGCGGCGUCGGGGGGCUCGUCAGGCAGCAUCGGUCACUCUCGGACGAUGAGAGGGCUGAGAGGUGGACUGUCAUGCUGAUGACUACGGCUGGGCUCCUCGCGUUCAGGAACGAUGCCAUUGGCUUCAUUGCGGGGAUGCUUUGCUUCUGGGCCUACCGGGUCUCGGAGAGGACGCAGAAGUGGUGGGAAUCCAGACGUGGCCGGUCUCUGUUUGGUGAGCGAGCGCCGCUUCUGAGUUAG